AUGGAGUUACGGUCGCACGCCCGACUGUCACUUGCCCUUCUUCUAUAUGCCAUCGUCCAGACAUCAUCGGCCUCGGCCUCAUUCCCCUCGAUCCAACCCAUCGUCGGCUUUUCAACGCCGUGCACACUUGCCUACGACACGCCAGUGAACCUCUGCGACAACGACGAUUUCCAAGGCAUUGGUGGCAAGGGAUCCUGCUCGGCUGCAUGUCAGGCGAAUCUGGUUGCCUCGCAGGGAUUUGUUCAGCGGCUGUGUGCGGGACAACAGGCGGACGGGAACAGCAUUAUUGGCCACCUCUUCUCGGGCGACAUUGUCGAUUUCCUAUGCGGCGACAACACCGAUGCUGCAUCAACCACGGCGACUACCGCCCAGACUACCCUGCCCAGUAGUUCAGUACAAUCGACUAUGAGCAUGGCGGUUGAUACGAUGCCUCCGGACACGAGCACUGGAGUGACUCCGUCAAGUUCGACAACAACCACAACUGCCACUAGUUCCAGCAGGACUGGAUCCGGUAGCGGAACAAUAUUGACCACCACAAGCACGAGACCGGCCUCCUCAACCUCCAGCUCAGUACCAGCCUCCGUUGAAUCUGAGACGUCAAGCUUGGCGCCUGCGUCGUCGUCAUCAGAGACCUCCAGUACGUCAAGUUCGGCUUCUGCGACGAGCACUUCGAACUCUCAGGGGUCGGCAGGCGGGAGUGGUGGCGGCAGCCCUUUCGACAGCACUUUUAGCGGAAGUGCCUCGUCACCACUGAUGCAGGUGAAACUGCUGUCACUGUCAUGCCUGGUGGCACUGGUAUUAGCGGUAUCAUGA